AAUAAUUUUAUAUUAAUAAAUAGGUCUUACCUACCUUUUUCUUUUUUUUCUGUUGGUAAAAAAUUAUUCCGAUUUGUAAAAUAAACGACCUCAGCUACCUUCAUCCAACAUGAUUUGUUUAAGUCCUUAUCCUGCAUUCUUCAGAACUCAUAAACAAGGAUAGUUCUGCACUUCCGAAAUUAAUUUCUCCGUCGAAUACAUAUUACAGGAAGCUAUACUAAGUAUCAAUUAUAUUGUAAUUCUUUUAUAGUAACAAUAGUUUUCUAUAAAUGAAUGUUUUGAUAGCUAGUGGCAUAAUUUAAAUUGUAUUUUAAAUACUGUAAGCUUUAAUAUAAACCUUGUUGUACGAAAAAUCCAAAAAAGUGAGUGAAUUAACUAUUAAAAUGUGGAUGUGACAUUAGGUACCUACAUUAUUUAUGUACAUUAUAGUUGUCUUUUGGAGAGCAUUAACUUAUGUCUAUUCAAUAUAUAUUUGCUCCUGUGCCUAGUAUUACUGGAAUUGUAAUGUUAUUUGACAUUAAUUUUAGCUUUAAUACAUAGGUUCAGAUAUAUUAUUUAUCUUAUGGUUAUGUUUUGGGAAGUCAGUUUGAUAAAGGUCAACAUCUAGUAGUAAAGUUUAACCUGUAAUUUAGUUUUUUGAGUUCUGAUUGAAAGAUAACACAUUUUUCCAGAGUGUCUUACUUGGUCUCAAAUUUGGCCCAUUAUUGUUGAAUUGUCAGUCAAAAAGCAGUUUUGUGUUCCAUGAUUAUUCUUAAGAAUAUUUUUAAUUGUAGUGACCUGUAGUUGAUUAUAAUUUGUAUUUAAAAAGCAUAUAAUUUUGAUUAAAAAGGUUUGCUUUGUCUUGUUAAAUUGGAAUGUUUGAAAGAUUUAUUUUUUGGUGUUUUAUUUCACCCUCUCCGGACUAUAAAGUAUUUGUAAGGAAUAAUAAUUCAUGUUUAAUUCGAAUAAACGUACACUAUGCCUAUUAGACUAUAUUAAAUAGUAUACUGCGUCAGCCUAAAUCGCAAGUCAUAACUCCAUGUUUUUAUGUUUUGAGAUUAUUUGUGAAAAAAAUAACCGCAUCAUAGUAUGAUAAAGUCGUAAUGACUAAAUGGUCGUAACAUUUUUUCCUCUCCUGUAAAAUGUACCAUUUUUGACUUACGAAUUACGACCUUCGCAAUUUUGGCCGACGAAUGAUAAAAUGUAGCACUACUAUCGAACGACCCGCUCCUAGUGACAGAAUUGCCUUGCGCUUUUUGUAGUGCCACUUUUAUAACAGGAGACGAUAGGUGUUUGGUCUGCUAAUCUUCGUGGUUAUAAAUUACUUAAAAUCUUAAAUGUAUUUAAUUGAACGAUAGUUGGCUACACUGAUGUUGCGAAUUCCGUCCAUUGCAUGCCCACGGUGUCACGGUGACUCUGGGUCGUUCGCUAAACUAUCAGCAUUCAGCAUUAUGUCUCGUGCACGGUGCACCACUAAAAUAUUUUGCUAACGAGCUGUGGGUUGUUGCUGAUGCUGCUUUUUGCUGUCAAAUAUUAUAUUGUAAUAGUGUAUUAGUGUGAUUUGAAUUGGACAAGAACUACCAUCACGGAUUUUAAAUUGAAAUAAUUUAAUAAAUUUGGGACAUUGCAAUUAUGUCAUCUUCUUCGUCAUCACGGACGUCUCAAUCGGAUGGACAGCAGGUUGCAAUUGACGCCGAGAACUCUGUGAACUAUAAUAGAUUAUAUGGCUCUAGAGAGGAGUCUUGCUCGACUAAUCUGAUCCGGAACAAUGCUGCUUAUAAAAUAAUAUUGGACAGGGGCAUUAUGGAUGGCCAAUAUAUGCGGCUGUCAAUUCCACAAGCAUUGAGGGUCGUGGACACAUCAAAUACAGUGGAAGUUGUGGCCAUGAUGAAUAUCAUCAAUGCCGCAAUUAUUGCGGAUGCGGCACUCAUAUCAUCGGAGAUUGCAAUGAAUGCUGCCAACUUAGCAGUACAGUUAUCGGGUACUCCUGCUGAAGAAGUUAUAAUUGACGGGGAAAGGAUGAUCGCCUUGGAGAUGCUGGUAGAAAUUGCGUUAGCAGCUGUGGAGUCAACAAGGGAUUUCGUCAACAUGGCCCGGUUAAUGCCACGUAGUAAUUCACUUGGUGGCGAUGGCUAAACGUAUACAUGAUUGCGGAGUAAUAUGUCAUGAUCCGUCCUUUAUCAUGGCGCUUUAUAUAAUUAUUAUGCUUCAUACACAUACAUAAUACAUAUCUGUAUACUGAAACUGUGAUCAUAUUAUAUACAU